AUGAUUCGAAUGGAUCACAUGACUGAAGCACUUGAGAUUCUUGAACUCGUUUCAUCUCAUUUCCCGAUGUACAACGCUGAUCUCGGCAGAAAUCAGUCUUUCAAAGAAUUCUGCAAAGAAUUCUGUCAGGCUAACGAGCCCGUAAAGAUGUUCUAUAACGGAUUGCGAGUUUUGAAAGAGAACGUCACUGACGAGCUACGUCAUCGAAUCAAUUUUUCAUAUCCAACUUCGGAAAUUUUCGGAGUUAAAUUCAGUCUCUUGAUUCUUGAACUCGUUUCAUCUCAUUUCCCGAUGUACAACGCUGAUCUCGGCAGAAAUCAGUCUUUCAAAGAAUUCUGCAAAGAAUUCUGUCAGGCUAACGAGCCCGUAAAGAUGUUCUAUAACGGAUUGCGAGUUUUGAAAGAGAACGUCACUGACGAGCUACGUCAUCGAAUCAAUUUUUCAUAUCCAACUUCGGAAAUUUUCGGAGUUAAAUUCAGUCUCUUGCCAAAUUUCUUCGGCGUCGAAGUGAAAGAGAAUGGCGAGCUCAAAUCAGCUACUGUGAUAGCCCAAUACGAAGCACAACUAGUGGAAGUGAACGUCGUCUCGAUGUCAAUCGUCGAAAAUGCUAUGUUGCAAGCUGCUGUAACAUUACGGCCGUUUCUUGUCAUUGGAUUCACAAUCAUGUGCAUCUUUUGUACAACAACAACGUUAACAAGCAGUGUGAUGAUGUACCAUCAUAAGGCUACUAUCAACAAGGUUAUUCUCUCCGUUGCUGCAUGUGUUGUUCCAUUCAUGGCUUGUGGAACGGCUAUCGGAACAAUGCUUAUCAUCGGAGUGAGAUUCGCACCUAUCCUUCACAUUACAACAUUUCUAGUCCUGGCAGUUAGUGUUGAUGACUCCUUCCUUAUGAUUCAUGCAUGGAAUCGUCUGGCGAAGGGGAAUAACGAAAAAACUCACGAUCGUGCCAACAUUAUGUCUCAGGUUCUUGUCGAAACGGGUCCAGCGAUCGUGAUUUCCUCCUGUACAAAUGCGUUUGCAUUUGCAAUUGGUGCAGUCUCUUCACCGCCUGAUAUUCGCAUUUUCUGUAUAGGCAACGCUUGUGCUAUAUUAGUGGAUAUGCUUUACCAGUUCACACUUUACACUGCAAUGAUGACGCUUUUCGCCGACUUUCCGAAGAAUUCAGGGGACAAAGAGGAGCAUCCAAAGGUCAAAGAACGUGCUCAAAGGUUGCUACGACGCUACACAGAACUUGUGGCUGAUUUCAGCUUUUCGAUAAUAAUAGUAUUAUUCUGGGCAUUAUUUGUUGCUGGAGCCAUUGUGGGAUUGACUUAUUCGACUGUGGAUCUCUCGGCACACAAAGUGUUCAAACGGGACUCGAAGUUGCUAAAGAUCGAUCGACUCCGUAAUGAGUACAUGACGCCGUCAUACACUUUUGCGACAGUCGUAGUCAGUAAUCCUGGGAACUUCUCCGAUCCAGAGAAUGUACAGGGACUUUUCGAGAUGAAGAACGCCUUUGAAAGUUUGCCGCACGCUAUUGGACCAGAGAGCACCAAGUUUGUACUGAGCGAGUACCUCAACUACAAAGAGGCCAUUCAAGAGGAAAUGGGAGAAGAUCCAAGUAUUGCAUCUCUGGAUGAAUUUCUUAAUUGGCCGGAAUACUCGUACUACAAUGGUUUCAUCAAACGACGAGGGAACACUUCGUAA